AUGAAAAUUGAGUUAACUGAAGUGGAAGACAAAAUAUGUAAAGUACUUCAAGGUGUUUCCGAGCUAAUCGCACAAAAGAGACCUGACUUACCUAAAAUUGAAUCUAGAAUUGCUGGUGGUUGGGUUCGCGAUAAGCUCCUUGGAAAUGAAUGCAAUGAUUUGGAUGUUGCUGUGAAUGAUAUGAUGGGCUAUGAAUUCGCUACUUUUGUUAAUGAGCAUCUCAAGAAUCAGGGUGUCGCUACCAGAAAUAUUGCCAAGAUCGAUAGCAAUCCAGAAAAGUCGAAACACUUGGAAACUGCUACAACAAAACUGUUUGAUCGUGAUGUCGAUUUCUGUAAUUUACGUACAGAGGCUUAUGAACCAGAUAGUCGUAUACCAAGCCAAAUUACAUUUGGUACACCUACAGAAGAUGCAUAUCGUCGUGAUAUUACGAUCAACAGCUUAUUCUACAAUGUAAACACAAACGAGGUUGAAGACUUUACUGAACGCGGUAUUCAUGAUCUAAUUUAUGGUAUCAUCCGUACACCACUUGAACCAUUCGAAACAUUUCACGAUGACCCUCUUCGUGUUCUCCGAUGCAUCCGUUUUGCCAGCCGAUUUAACUUCCAAAUGACACCUGAGCUUUGUGAGGCAGCCAAACAUCCACAGAUUAAGAACGCAUUGAUUCAUAAGAUCAGUCGAGAGCGUAUUGGAACAGAAUUUGACAAGAUGAUAAGUGGCCCUCAUCCGCUCCUGGCACUUGAGCUUAUUCAGCAACUCGAGCUCUACCCUAUUGUCAUGAAGGCACCUGAAGAUAUCAGCAGUGGAACCGUUGGUAGUGAUCAAAUGGCCGUGGAUGCAGUAGGUGCUGUCACUUGGCUAGAACAACAGGAGACAGCGUUGACGCCAUCAAGUAAAGCAGAAAAAAGAACAAUGUUCUUGACAGCCAGUGUCUUGCCAUUCCUGGGUGUAACUGUUGAGCAAAAGAAACGAUUCUAUCCUGGUGUCCAAAGCGUGUUGCGUGAUUCUAUAAAGACAAAUAAUGCAGAUAUCAAAACUGUAUCAAGCAUUUUCCAAGGAAUUCCUGUUUUGGCAGAAUUGGCCAAAGAAAAUACACAACGACAGAUCAAACGUGCAGAACUGGGCAUGAUCAUUCGUGAACUAAAAGAGACAUGGAAGACAGCGAUUAAGUGUGCGGCCAUAAAGGAACUUUUGGAUGUGUAUCCUAAUGCACCUUGGAGCAAACCUAAAGAAAUCCAAAUUGACAAUGGUGUAUGUCAAAAGUACGUAGAUCUGAUCAAGAGAGCAGAGGAAUACGGCAUCACAAACUGCUAUGAAUGGAAGCAUCUGAUCAAUGGAAAGAGAGUAGCUGAAGUGGUUGGUGUAAGGCCAGGACCUGAUAUCACAGGGUUAUUAGAGGUGCAAAUGAAGUGGCAACUUGAUAAUCCGGAUGGAACAAUAGAAGAAUGUGAAAAAAUGCUGUCUGAAUAUUGGGCAAAUAAAAAGCGAUAA